AUGGCUCAGAGCCAAGUAUAUCAAGUUGUCGUUCUAGGCGCCGGUGGUGUCGGAAAGAGCUGCUUGACUGCGCAAUUCGUUCAGGGCGUCUGGAUUGAGAGUUAUGACCCCACCAUAGAAGAUUCCUAUACAAAACAGAUUCCUAUAGAUGGCCGACAAUGCAUGCUAGAAAUAUUAGAUACGGCCGGUACAGAACAAUUUAGUUCGUCGGAAUCCACUCCCGCUUCCUGCAGAUCCAUAGGACCCACCCCUACUCAAACGUACCAACCGACUGACACAACAACCCCAAUAGGCCACGGAUUUCUACUCGUCUUCUCCAUCACAAGCAAAAACAGCUUCAACGAGCUCAAAGCGCUACGCGAUACCAUCAUUCAGAUCAAAGGAACGGACCAGGUUCCUAUGGUUAUUGUGGGUAACAAAUGCGAUUUAGCAGAGGAGCGUGCCGUUUCACGCGCCCAUGCCUUUGCCGUCUCGCACAGCUGGAACAAGACACACUAUUACGAGACGUCGGCCCGUAGCCGACUCAACAUCGACCAAGUCUUUACCGACCUCUGUCGACAGAUGCUUCAAGCGGAUGCGGAACAAGACCGAUUCAUGCAAGCCCAAGAAGCAGUAUAUGGCCCCUUGGGCGGCAAAAGUACGAGCAAGCGGGAUCUUUACGGCCGCCACCGCCGACGACGGCGACGCCGAGAUAAUGGACCGCGCUGCGUAAUUUUAUGA